CGUGCUUCAUAUGCGACUCCGACGACAUGGAUUUUGGAGGCUUUGUUAGGGCCGUGAAUGGGGACGAAGAGCUUCAGCUCGGUCAGCUUUAUUUUGUGUUGCCGUUGAGCUGGCUGAGCAGGCCACUUCGAGCCGAGCAGAUGGCUGCUUUGGCAGUUAGGGCAAGCUUGGCACUUGGAAAUACGAGGCGGAGGAAGCGAUGUUUUGGGUGUGGACGUAAAAGAGUCAAUCAAGUUGUGUUUACUAAUAAGAAGAAGGAUGAGCCUAGCCGGAUGGUGGCCAUGGGCAGUUAUGGUGGCGGCCAGAGCGUCGCUAGAAGUGGAGAAGUUGUGAGGAAAAGGAGAGGGAGAGGCCGCGGGCGGCGUGGUCAUGGGGGUGGUAAUGGAGGAGGUGGUGGCUUUGUGACAAGGUUGAGUGUGAUUUUGGAGGAUGAUGACAUGAUGGAGGGGGCAUGAUAUGAUUGUGUUGUUUAUUGGAAAUGUACUUUAUAUAUUAAUCAGUUCCUUGGUUAUGUUCGUUUUUUCACAUGGACAUA